AUGUUUGAUUCUUCGAACGAGCAGAAAGAGGUGAAGUAUUUGCCUGAUGAAUUUGAUGGAAACGUCGCUGUUGAUCUGGAUGAGCUUGACAACUACCUGGCAGAAGCAGACGAUAUGAGUAGUCUGAGGAAUGAUCCUGACUGGAAUGUUGAAGAUGAGUUGGACCUAGAUGACAGAAAAGAUACAGUAGAAUUCAACGAAAAGAAUCAAGUUAGGUACAAUACUUUGAAAACUGUAGAAAUAUUUUAAUUUGCCAAAUCCUUACUAAUACCUUGCCAUAUCCUUACUAAUACCGGUCUAAUACGUUGUGGUUUAUAGGAUUAUUCUACUGCCUCACCUCAAGAAGAACCAAAAUUCCCAGUUUUUCUUUCUUGCUUGGUCUCCAACUUCUCGAUGUUCUGUUUCAAUUACAAGUCAGAAAAACCCUUGCUUCAAGUCUCAAAAUCUGGCACAAUGGUCACCAUAGAGCAGUGUUGCAAGGAAUGCCAGAAAGAUGGAGUACAGCCUUUCAAAUGGCAUAGCCAGCCAUUUGUAUUUGGUCGACAUGCUGCUG